CGUACGCAAGAAGCUUUUAUUUUGAAACUCAUUUUGACUGUAGUCAGAGCCGUUUUCACAUGAUUGUCGGGACUAAAAUCCAAAACAAAGUGAUUAAUAAUUUAGUUGUUUUGCGUGGUAAAUCCACUAACAAAUAAUCUAACAAUAUUAGUGUUUUAAACAAGCUAUUCAGGAGAUAUGCAGAGCACCUCUAGACUUUAAGCACAGCAGUUAAAUGCCUACAUCAUGGACAAUAAAAUCUCCCAACAAGAGCACUUUGAUGAUAAAACCUCAAACACACCUGGACCAAGUGAAGGUGCUGAAGUAGAGCUUGAGAAGCCGAGCACAGAUGCAGAAGAAGCGGAUCAAACAAAGGAAUCAGCUCAUAAUGCAGAGGAUGCAGAUCAAAUAAAUGAAUCAGCUCAACCGCGUGAGGAGUUGGACAAGUCUGAUCAUGCCUCUGAAAACACAGGUCCUUCCAAGCUCCUCUCCUGCUCGCAUUGCCCGUUCACUAACUCUAAAGAGGAAAACCUUAGGGAGCAUGUAAAGAAAGUCCAUUCCACUGAGGUUACGGAAACCGAGACCGCCGCUGAUCCCAGUUUGUCCUGUAAAUGUGAUGUCUGUGGCCGAAGCUACCGAUUCUCUUUCUUAUUGAAAGCUCACCAGCGGAUUCACUCCAAAAAGCAUCCCGUAUCUAAACGCAGCAAGAGUUUCUCCCGUUCCCAAGCCGCGCAUCAGCAUGGACCUGCUCCUGAAACAUCAUCGCAAGAUGAUGCUGAGGAAAACACUCGACAAAAGAGCUACAGCUGUCUCUACUGCAGAGAAACCUUCAGCUCACUCAGCGCCAGGAGAAACCAUCACAGAACCCAUCCCGAAGAAACCUUGAAUCAAUGCACCGCCUGCGGGAAGAAGCUCAGCAGUCAAGCGGCUCUUAAAAGACACAAGCAAAUCCACGAAGAGAAGCAAUCCUAUAAUUGCUCCAAAUGCAAGUCCACCUUCAUCUGCUCGACCUCUUACAAACAGCACAUGUUGACGCACGAGUCCGAAAGACCCUUCGUUUGUACCUGUGGAAAGGGUUUUAAAUAUCGCGGUGCUCUUUCGGCCCAUAAACGCACUCAUACUGAAGAUAGACCAUACCGUUGUUUAGACUGCGGAAAGGGGUUUUUAUAUCCCGGAGCUUUGACGACGCACCAGAAAAAACACUCUAAAGGUAACCCAGAGCAUUGCACACAGUGUCACUCCAGUACGGAAAAGUGUGUUUGCUCCCAAUCGCAAGCGGAGAAGUCUUUCAAAUGCCCCACAUGCGAUAAGUUGUUCGCGUUCAAGUCCAGCUUAAUCCGGCACAAACUCACACACACCGGAGAAAGACCGUUCCUUUGCUCAGACUGCGGGAAGGGCUUUUUAACUUUUGGUGAGCUGCUGAAGCACCAGCGCUACCACACGGGGCACAAACCGUUCCAGUGCACCGACUGUGAAAAGAGCUUUACGCAGGCCUGCUACCUGCAGGUCCACAUGAGGCAGCACACCGGCGUACGGCCCUAUUCCUGUUCCCAAUGCGACAAGAGUUUCUACAGUUCGUCCCAUCUCAAGAGGCACCUGCGGAUUCAUUCGGGGGAAAAGCCCUUCGAGUGCUUGGAUUGCGGGAAGAGAUUUCCGCAGCCGUAUCAUCUGAAAGUGCACUUCCAGACUCACAUGCAAAAGAAACCCGAAAGCAAGAAAUCCAAUGAAUAGUUCACCAAAAAUACUAAAAUAAUUGUUGUUUAUUUACUCAGCCUCAGGCCAUGUAGGAUGUGCUUGUCUUUUUUGUGUGUUUCUAAGAAAACUGAAGGAGAUUUUCAGUGAUUUUACUUUAAUUUCACCAUUUUUAAUCAAUUCAGCAUAUCCCUGGAUCUGGAAAAAGCACUUUUAGCUUAGCUUAGCACAAAUCAUUGAAUCAAAUCAGACCAUUAGCAUCUCAUUAAACCUUUUGAGGAGUUUCGACCUAGAAAAUAAAAAAAAAUUUCUUAGUGCACGAUGUAACUACAGAAGAGUUAAGAUUUAAAUAGGAAAAUUCUUCUUUUUUAAUUUUUUUUUAAUUAAAUU